GAAUUAAUGGGGUGCAGGAGUUCCUGAGAUGAGGGGAGGAGCCGACCCCAAUGGACAUUGCCCAUCGUCGAGAGCACCACAGGGGACUGUCUAAAGCUAAGCUCAAAGGGCAGCAGGCAUUUUAAAAAAGCCUAAAAACCCCAAGAUAACUUGAAACAAGACCAUGAGAAGCAAUGUAGCUUGGAGUGAACAAGAUGACCAGACCCACCUUCAAUCUAAUGCUUAACGAGGAAAAAGGCUGUCGGAUUGGAGCCGAGGAGUCAUGAAAGAGCCUCAAGAAGACAAUUUGGAUCAUGAAAGGAAAAUAAAAAGCAAACAACCAGAAUGUGGCAUAUAAAGGGUGUAAUACCUGGAGGUAUCGGAUCACAUUUGUAAAAAUGAGACGAGUUUUCACGAAAUACAAGUUAUCUUAGGCACUCAUCAAGCUUGGAGCCAUCAUGCUGUCGAACUAGAAAUCCUCCUUUUCCCCAUUCUCCUUUCUGACAGGUAACAAAGGAUUGRUGAAUUAUGAUUUUCCCAAGUUGGAAGCACUAAUUUUUAUCUAUAGAGUUCAUCCUUAUGAAUAUAUAAGGAGUUAAACAUUGCAUAUUUAAUGUGGAUUAUAAUGGGAAAGUGACUCAUUAACCAAAAUGGCCACUUUUGAGGACUUGGUUUCAAACUGAGCUGGAGCCUCCCAAUGCACUUUGUAGGAUUUGGGGCGAGCUGUGCUGCAGGGCCUGCUUUGGGAGGCCAGGAUGCCAUGUAGUGAAAGGAUAUCACCUUCCUGUUGAUAUCUCUGAAGACUCAUAACCAGAAACAGGAAAAUGAAUGGUGGGAAGGAGUGUGACGGAGGGGACACGGAUGGAGGGCCACCAGCAGUGCAAGUUCCCGUUGGUUGGCAGCGGAGGGUGGACCAAAGUGGAGUUCUCUACAUCAGUCCCAGUGGGUCUUUAUUAUCCUGCUUGGAGCAGGUGAAGACUUACUUGCUGACUGAUGGAACGUGCAAGUGUGGCCUAGAAUGUCCUCUUGUUCUUCCCAAGGUGUUUAAUUUUGAUCCUGGAGCUGCUGUGAAGCAGAGAACUGCCGAAGAUGUUAAAGCGGACGAAGACGUCACCAAACUAUGCAUUCACAAAAGGAAAAUUAUCGCCGUGGCUACACUUCAUAAAAGCAUGGAAGCACCACAUCCUUCACUGGUUCUAACGAGUCCUGGUGGUGGAACAAGUGCAACGCCGGUAGUUCCCAGCCGCGCAGCAACUCCGAGGUCGAUGAGGAAUAAAUCGCACGAAGGAAUUACAAAUUCCGUGCUGCCGGAAUGUAAGACUCCUUUCAAGCUGAUGAUGGGGGCAUCUAAUGCCAUGGGUAGGCUUUAUGUGCAAGAAAUGGCUGGAAGCCAGCAAGCGGAGCUCCACCCUGCCUAYCCCAGGCAGCGGCUGGGCAGCAAUGAACUGGGCCAGAAGUCUCCGUACCGCGGUAGCCACGGCGGGAUGCCCAGCCCGGCCUCGUCGGGAUCUCAGAUCUACGGCGACGGCUCCGUGUCGCCCAGGACGGACCCGCUGGGCAGCCCCGAGGUGUUCGCCAGGAGCAAUCCAGGUUUCCACGGAGCGCCCAAUUCCAGCCCCAUCCACGCUGGCAGGACGCCGCUGUCGCCGCCGUCGGUGAUGCUGCACGGCUCUCCCAUCCAGUCGUCGUGCGCCAUGGCCGGAAGGACUAACAUACCUCUGUCCCCCACCCUGAGCACCAAGAGCCCGGUGAUGAAGAAGCCCCUGUGCGGCUUCUCGGCCGGGAUGGAAAUGCCACGAGCGAUGUUCCACCACAAACCACCACCCCCACCGCAAGGCCCUCCCCCGCCCCCUCCGCCGCCUUCCUGCGCUCUGCAGAAAAAGCCAUUGCCAUCCGAGAAGGAUCCCCUGGGCAUCCUGGACCCCAUUCCCAGCAAACCGGCGAACCAGAACCCCGUGAUCAUGAACCCCACCACGUUCCACUCGAGUGUCCACUCUCAGGUACCCGUGAUGAAUGUAAGCAUGCCCCCCGCCGUGGUGCCCCUGCCCAGCAACCUUCCCCUGCCCACCGUCAAACCCGCCCACGUGAACCACGGCGCUCACGUCCAAAGGGUUCAGCACUCGGCUUCCACGUCCCUGUCACCGUCACCGGUGACAUCCCCCGUUCACAUGAUGGCUUCGGGCAUGGCGAGGAUCGAGGCUUCUCCCCAAAGAUCGCGUUCUUCUUCCACCUCGUCCGAUCACGGCAACUUCUUGCUGCCUCCGGUGGGGCCGCAGUCGUCCUGUAGCGGCAUCAAGGUCCCUCCCAGGUCGCCGAGGUCGACGAUGGGGUCGCCGAGGCCAUCCAUGCCCUCCAGCCCUUCCACCAAGCACGACGGACUGAACCAGUACAAGGACAUCCCUAACCCGUUAAUCGCUGGAAUGAGUAAUGUAUUAAAUCCUCCCAACAAUGCAGUUUUUCCCGCUGCGUCGGCUGGAAGCGGUUCCUUGAAGAGUCAGCCCGGUUUGCUGGGAAUGCCUUUAAAUCAGAUCUUGAACCAGCACAACGCUGCCUCUUUUCCAGCGAGCAGUUUACUCUCAGCAGCAGCCAAAGCACAGCUAGCAAAUCAAAAUAAACUCGCCGGUAACAGCAGCGGCGGCAGUAGCAAUUCUGGACCUGUUGCCGGCGGCGGCAGCACCGAAGGACACAGCACUUUAAACCCCAUGUUCCCUCCCGCUGCCAACGUGCUCCUGCCCACCACGGAGGGCCAGAGCGGCCGGGCGGCGCUGAGAGAUAAACUCAUGUCUCAGCAGAAGGAUCCUCUGAGGAAAAGGAAGCAGCCACCCAGCACGGUGCUGAGCUUGCUGAGGCAGUCGCAGCUGGACRGCUCCGGCGCUCCCAAAGCCGGCGCCGAGCUGAUCCGAAAGCCGACUCAAAGCUCCUUCCCCAUCAGCUCCAUGUCGCAGCUCCUGCAGUCCAUGAGCUGUCAGAGCUCCCACGGCAGCAGCAAUAGUUCCUCGGGCUGCGGGGGCUCCGGCRGCGCCCUGCCCUGCCCCGGUGCCCCGCUGCACCCGGCCGAGCCCCCGGGGCUGGCUCUGCGCGGGGAGGGGCUGCACUGUGCCCCCGGUACCCCCGGRACCMCCGGCACCCCCGGCUUCGGCCCCGCGCCCCCCGCGCACCUGCCGGGGCUCCUCAACCAGAUGCAGGCGGCCGGGGGCUGCGGGAUGCUCCCGCAGGCAGGAAUGGCUUUAGGAAACUCCCUCCAUCCCACCCCAGCUCAGGCCCGAAUGCAGGCGCCCUCCGCUCCGGUGAUCCCCAACAGCAUCGGCAGCAGCUGCAAUCAGAGCAGUCCYGAAGCAGGGGGCUCAGGCCCGGCCUCAUCCAUUGCCAUCGCCGGCAGCAGCCAAGCCGCCAUCACCAAGACCACAUCAGUGCUCCAGGACGGUGUCAUCGUCACCACRGCGGCCGGGACCCCUCUGCAGCAGGGCCAGCUGCCCAUGGCGGGUGAAUUCCCCUUCGGGACCCACGAAACCCCGCUGCACUUCCCGCAGAGCAGCUCUGCCAACAGCAGCGCCCUGCCGCCCGCUCUGAACCCCAACCUCCUCAACUCGCUGCCUCUUUCUCUGCCCGUCAAUCAGCAGCACCUCCUCAACCAGAAUCUCCUGAACGUCCUCCAGCCUUCGGCGGGAGAAGGCAAAUCCGAGGUCAACCUCAACCCUUUAGGUUUCCUGAACCCCAACRUCAACGCCGCUCUGGCCUUCCUGUCGGGCGACGUGGACGGGCAGGUCCUGCAGCCCGUGCACUUCCAGCUGCUGGCGGCGCUUCUGCAGAACCAGGCGCAGGCGGCCGCCAUGCUCCCCGUGCCAUCCUUCAACGUCACCAUCUCGGACCUGCUGCAGCAGCAGAACCCCCCUCCGGUGCCCACCGCGCCCCCCGAGCCRCUGCCCGACGGCGGCAGGGUGGAGAACCUCCUGCCCAACGCCAUGGCCGGCUUCCCGKGCGCCGAGGCGGCCGCCAACCCGCUGCUGCUGCCCGCCGCCUCGGGCGCCUCGGCGCUGAUGGCGCUCAACCCGCAGCUGGUGGGGGGCGUGCUGAACCCGGCCGAGGUUUCCAUCGCCACCUCCUCGCAGGCCACGGCCACCACCACCACCACCACGUCSUCGGCGGUGGCGGCGCUGUCGGUGUCGGCGCUGGGCGGUGGCACGGCCGUGGUGUCCAUGGCGGAGACGCUGCUCAACAUUUCGGGUGGUGCCGGGGGAGCGCCGGGCCCGGCCAAGCUCGGUGGGAACUCGGUGGUGCCGCAGCUCCUCAAUCCUCUCCUGGGGACGGGUCUGCUCGGGGACAUGUCCUCCCUGAACACUACUCUGAACAACCAUCAGCUGAGCCACCUGCAGUCACUCCUCAACAACAAUCAGAUGUUUCCUUCCAAUCAGCAGCAGCAGCAGCAGCAACAACAGCAGCAGCAGCAGCAGCAGCAGCACCUUCUCCAGGGUUACCAGAACGUGCAGGGCUUUCAAGGGCAGCCCCAAAUUCCUGGCCCAGCCAACAACCCAAACCCCAUGGCGUGUCUGUUCCAGAAUUUCCAGGUGAGGAUGCAGGAAGACGCCGCCGUCCUGAACAAAAGAAUGAUCACGCAGAUGGGCAUGGCGCCGGUCCCCGAGAGCUCCAGCACUCUCCUCCCUCCCUUCCAGGAGCCCCCCUGCGAUCUGCAGCAGAGAACUGAGCCGUCCCUGGGCCAGCAAGCCAAGGAGAACCCCAACAACGCCACGGCGGCCGCGGGCGACGCCUCGGUGGACGCCAUCUACAAGGCGGUGGUGGACGCCGCCAGCAAGGGCGUGCCGGUGGUGAUCAGCACGGCGGGCUCCGGCUCCACGCAGCCCAGCCCCAUCCCAGCCCUGAGUGCCAUGAGUGCCUUCACAGCCUCCAUCGGGGACCCGCUGAGCCUGGCGGGCGCCGUCAUCCACGAGGGCCGGGCGCGCAACGCGCGGGGCGCGCGGCUCCCCAAGAGCUCRGAGCACGCCAAGGCCGAGGGCGACGCCUUC